AUGGCGUUAGAUCGUAAAAGAAACGCUCGAAAGUUGAAAUGGAUUUUUUGCAGUGCAUCCAUAUUUACCAUUACUGUCACCAUAGCUUUAAUUAUUGACGCUGUUGUCAAUCCUAGACGCCAUUUACAUGCUGCUGUUGCUAGUGAUCAUCCGGCGUGUACCGCGAUUGGAUUGGAAACGUUAAAAAAUGGUGGUAGUGCAGUGGAUUCUGCCAUUUCAACGUUAAUCUGCUUAGGCGUUGUCAAUAUGCAAUAUUCUGGUAUAGGAGGAGGUGGUUUUAUGUUGGCACGUUUGUCUGGAAAAUAUAAUGUAAUCAAUUUUCGAGAAGUAGCACCAGCAGCAUCUUCUACUGAUAUGUUUCAUGGAAAUGCAACAUUAGCAAGAAUGGGUGGAUUAUCUGUUGGCGUACCAGGAGAAUUACGUGGCUUUGACUUAGCCCAUCAGAAAUACGGAAAACUUCCUUGGAAGAAUUUAAUUAUGCCAUCGGUUACUCUAGCACGGCAUGGCUUUAAAGUGACUGCUGGCCAAGCAAAAUUUUAUCAACAACAUUCAAACUUGAUUAAAAGUAAUCCCCAACUGAAGCAAUUAUUUAUCAAAAAUGGAAAUUUACCAAAGGAAGGAGACAUCGUUAAGCGUUCAAAACUCGCAGAGACUUUACAAAGAAUUGCUAUUGGUGGAGCUGAUGUUUUCUACUCUGGCACUUUAGCCAAGAGUAUAGUUUCAACGGUUCAAAGUAACGGUGGUAUCUUAACACUUGCUGACCUGAAAAACUAUAAGGCCAAAAUUCAGGAACCAAUUUCAUAUACUUAUCAUGGAAAUACUUUAGUAACUACUCCAGCACCAUCUGGUGGACCUGUUGUUAUGUCGAUACUGAAUAUUCUAGAAGGUUACAACUUUACUGCUAACGUUUCGGAUACUGUCUUAUCUUAUCAUCGGAUCAUAGAGGCUUUUAAGUUUGCGUAUGCGCAACGUACCAAACUUGGUGAUCCAAACUUUGUAUCCGACGUAAAUAAUUUUACGAAAUAUAUGUUAAGUAAAAAUGUAGGUGAAGAAUUGCGUGAGAAAAUUUCUGAUUAUCAGACUUUCAAUGUUAGCUAUUACGGCGCGCAAUCUGAUGUGCAAAACACAUAUGGUACAACUCACGUUUCAAUUUUAACAUCCCAUGGUGAUGCUGUAUCUGUAACGAGUACUGUAAAUUGGUAUUUUGGUUCAGGCUUGAUUACUCCAACUGGUAUUGUCUUAAAUAAUCAGAUGGAUGAUUUUUCGUCACCCAAUAUAACUAAUGGUUUUGGAGUAGAGCCCUCAAAGGCGAAUUACGUAAAGCCAGGAAAGCAACCUUUGUCAUCAAUAUCUCCUGUUUUGCAUUUACAUAGGAAGUACGCCUGUAAAGAGAACUUGGCGGUUGGUGCUUCUGGUGGGACUAUGAUCAUAACUGGAGUUUCACAAGUUUUACUGGACCUACUGUCAUUCAAGCAAAAUAUAUCUUCUGCAAUUGAAAGACCUAGAUUACAUGACCAGCUAUUACCUGAUGCAGUUGAGGUUGAAACUAACUUCCCUAAGAGUAUCAUAACAGGACUGGAGAAGUUAGGUCAUAAUGUUAAAGAUUCAGCAUCAAAGUCAGUGGUUAAUGGUGUUUCCGAGUUUGACAGAAAAUUUCUUGCUCAUGCAGAUUCAAGGAAAGGUGGUACUGGUGCUACCUUUUAA